AGUGAUAAGACUGAAACAAGGUAUUGUGUUGGUAAGAAGAGAAAAAUUCAAACUUUGCCUUUAAGUUCAGAAGAAAUGACAGAAUGUAAGGAUGUUAAGAAACGGAAAUACAAUUUUAAAGAAAACAGAGAGAUAAUUGAAUCAAUUUCUAAAUGCAGUUCAAAUGCAGAUGUCAUUUGCUUAGGAGAUAGAGCUAACACUGUGUAUGAUUUCAGUCCCUUGUGUUUUGAAACGAAACAAAAAUUGUGUAGUAAAGUACAUGUAGAGUUCCAGGGUGAAAAUCUACAUUCGCCAUCAGACAGUGGACCAAUGGGCUCUCCUUGUGAAACAGAAAGCAUUCUUGAAGAUGGGAAUUGUUUUUUCCGGGCAGUGGCACAGGUGAUAUGUGGUACACAAAAAGCUCACCGAACACUUAGACUUGCAAUUGUGAAACAUAUGCAGUUGCACAGCGUUGAAUACAAGAAUCUCUUAAGAUCUCAAUACACAUCUAUGGAAGAUUAUUUAUCUUCUUCAAAAAUGAAGUACGUGGGAACAUGGGCCACUGAGGUUGAAAUUCAAUCCACAGCAAACUAUUUAGGGGUUGACAUUUUUACAUUUCACCUUGGAAAAUGGUUGAAGUUUAGUUGUUUGCAUGAAAAGAUGUGCAACCAAGGCAUAUACUUGCAACACUCCAAUGAAAAUCAUUAUGAAGUUGUUGUUUGUGUAAAACAAUUUGAAUCUCAUAACUGUUAUGAGUUCUGUCACAAUAAAAAGCACAAUGUUGCCAUAAACGGAGAGAUCUGCGCGAUCAUGAAGCACAAUGAUUAUUAUGUCGUUGUAGACUGUAAUGUUCGUAACGCAUCUGGUCUGGGAUCAGACAUAGAUACCCUGAAUAUAUGUGGUGUCAAGGUACAGGUUAUCGAAUCAGAAAUGUCUGCAUGUAACAGCAAUGUCAAGGUAGAAACUAAUUCAUGCCCUGCAAAGAAGAUUGACGAAAGUACGGUGUUUCCAUCAAAUGAAAGGAAAAGUGUUCGUGGAUCAUUUCAUCAAGGAGACUUUAAGUUCAAGUGGGCAGGAAGACAGUGUGUUGCUGUUAGUUUGGCUGCUAUCGCUAUGCACAACUGGUUCAAUUACUGA